GUUCUUUAAUGUGUACCAUUCUUGUCUAUAGAUGUCAUUACAGAAGCUGAGAAUUGUUGGCACCCCCACAAUUUACAUCUCCAGCCGUACAGACACUGGGGUCCAUGCACUCUGCAAUUCUGCUCAUGUGGACAUCGAGAGACCACCAGGAAAACAUCCAUUCUCAGAAGAUGUUCUGGUGAAGGCUUUAAACUUCCAUCUAACGCCAAAGUGCAUAAGAGUUCUGAAGGCCAUCCGUGUAAGUAAUGACUUCCAUGCACGGCAUGAUGCACUGUCCCGCACGUACAUGUACCGUCUAGUGACUGGAUAUGGGCACGAAAAUUUACCAGUGUUCGAAAGGAACUUGUGCUGGGCUGUAAGUGAGAGCCUUGACGUAGUAAAGAUUCGGGAAGCUGCGCAGAUUCUCCUUGGAACUCAUGAUUUCAGUGCUUUCAGAUCCAUAAACUCUGAGACUUCUUUUAAAUCUCCUAUCAAGACGUUGGAGCAGGCAGAUUUUACUGCUUCUUCAAGCUUCCUUCCAAUCUACAGCCCUAACAGAAUUUAUUUAUUGCAUUUCUUUGUUAAUAGGCAGAAAGCUGAUUUCUUUUUUCAGGUGCGAAGAAUGACUAGUGCUUUAGUUGCAGUGGGACUUGGCAUUCUAACACCACAACAAAUUAGAUUUCAUUUGGAGACUGGUGAAAAAAUGGUCUUCUCAAGAUGUACAGUAGCUCCACCUGAUGGAUUGUUUUUUAAAAGAGGUCAAAUACACAGAGACAGGUGGGUGAUGUUGUAUAAAGUACAGUAUUUAUUUUCAUUUAUUUAG